UGUAUCUCAUUUGUUUGAUUAUGCUUCUAAUGUGAAUUAGUACCAUGAGAUUCAUUCUCUUAAUCCAACACUGAUUUUGCCUAUUACCAACCUACCAAGGAAAGAACUUGUACAUUUCUUGUUCUUUUAAUGUGACAUAUUUAAUUAUCAAAUUAGUUUAUCAAAAUCUCUGGCAAAAGAUAUAUUAGUUAUAUUUAGCUUGAUAACUUGUCUUCUACAAUAACUAGUCUUCUACAUUAUUUAAAGCAAUAGUUUUUUAUGAUUUCCUAGUUUCACCACCUUAGUUCUAUAUUCAUUUGUAUCUAUAGAAAUUCAUAUGAGCUUUAUUGCAUUAAAGCGCAACUAAUAGCUUAUCUUCACACAAUUCUGACAUGGAUGAUUAAAAAAGAAAAAAGAAAAGGUGGAGGUAAGGUCAAGUCACCACAAUGGGAAUAUUGCUACCCUGCUUUUGCUGUAGAUUUUGAACUAUUAGAGAGGGAAAAUAGAGGGAGAUUUCAAACUAUUAGAUAAGGAAAACAAAGGGAUAGGAUGGGUUAGAAAUUUAUUUGUACUUUUUGGCCCCAAAGCACAGGCUUUUAAUUUGCCAAGUGCUUUAUUUCUUUCUCAGAAAACCGUUUAAAUAUAUCAAUAUACAAGUUCAUUUUAUUACACUAUUAGACACGCAUCAUAGCAUAUUUACCGGCGAUUAUGGUUUUGCAUCCCAGAAAAACAUCAUCAAAUGCUCCCAGACUAAGACUUCUUCUAACAUGCUAGGACAUCAGGAAAUCUCCAGAGAACAUACAUUGGCAUCAGAAAAGUGAAUAUUUGGUGACCACCAAAGUCACAAACCAACCCCUUUGCCACCCUCUACUGCCAUUACUUGGCUAAUGUAACAAAAAGCUAAAAUUGCCUAAGUAGGAUGUAUAUAUUAUAGUCUCUAUCAUAUGGGUUGCAAGGUCAUCUGAUUCUAAGCUUUCCUUGCACUCCUAUGUAAGAAAGGAAUCAUGCUGAAAAGAAGGGAAAAAGAGAGGGAAAGCAUCAGAUUUGGAGCAUCUUUACGACAGCUAAUUUCUGCUCUGUUCACAACAGCACAAUCACUGUACAAUCUUUUUCACUUUAGCUCUCUUUUCACAUUAUUCACAAUAAAAGGGGUCUUCUUCAAUUGCCUAUUCCCAUUCAUGCCCAGUUAUCUCAUUCGGCAUUCUUAAUUUCUUAUUCUCUUCUAAAACACUGACAAAUGGCGAGAAUGGGAGGUAUUUUAAUCUGCAUGUUGAUUGUGAUCAUGGAUGCAGUUGCAGGUGUACUUGGUAUUGAAGCCCAGAUUGCGCAGGAUAAGGGGAAGCACUUAAGGGUGUUGAUCUUCGAGUGCAAAGAGCCGGUGCAUCAAGCCUACAAGCUCGGGCUUGCGGCAGCGGUUCUCCUUGCCAUGGCCCACGCAUUGGCCAACCUGCUCGGCGGCUGCGUCUGUAUCUGCUCCCAAGUUGAGUUCGUCCGUUCAUCGACUAAUAGGCAACUGGCUGCCAUGACCCUCCUCCUCUCAUGGAUCGCUCUUGUGAUCGGGUUCUCAAUGUUGAUGAUCGGGGCACUGGGUAAUUCAAAAUCGAGAGCUUCAUGCGGUUUCUCGCAUCGCCAUGUGUUGUCGAUCGGAGGGAUAGUGUGCUUCAUCCAUGGCCUGCUCGCUGUUGCUUACUACGUCACCGCCACCGCCGCUGCGUGGGAGGAAGGUAAGCCGCAGGUGACGACAAGGGAUGGCGGAAUUCAAGCUCAACCUUGAUUGCAACUACACACAUUUAUGCAUAUCGGUCCCUGUUGCUCUCUUUUUUUUUUUUUUCCUUUGUUAUAUUGUUCUUGCAUUUUGUUUAUCAUGAUGUAAUUGUUCUCCAUUGUAUUGAGUGGUGUGAUCUCUCGAUGUAGCGAAGUUCUCGUAUAUUCAAAUUCAAGGGAGGAAACAUAAUAUGGCAUUGUGAAAAUGAGGUUAAAUUUUUCGCGCGUGGUUAGCGACUGCAAUACGAAAUCUUUUCAUUUGCAGUAAA